AUAACAUAAGGUACUAAUACGAAAACAUAUUUUUUCAAAAUAACUUAUUUGCAUUAAAUGACUCAUAGCCACUCAACAGGAAACUAUGUACCAACCACUAGAUUCAAUACGUAAUUUUUUUCGAUAGGUACCUAGUAAAAAUACGUCAAUCAAACAAAUGGUGUGAACGUAGUCUUUACCUUUCCUACUUUUUCUGAGUAUUUACGGUCAAUUGCAACCUAAGUUUUAUUACCUGAACGAAAUGCCCGAACAUACGAAACAGUAAUAAUUAAAGUCAUCAAAAUCGAUCGCGUCAUCUGGCAGUAUCGCGCACAAAUCUACUAAUCAUGUUUUCGCGUAAAAUUCAUUAGACGUCCUCGGUGGGGGCAGACGUAAUUUCCUCGUGUGAACAAAUAUUAUUGUUGCCAAUCAUGAAUUUCGACGACAGCGCAGGCAGUGGGUAUGUCACCACUGAGACCAUAUACGGGACCCAUGAGGAUUCCCACGUAGUAAUGUCUGAAAAGGUGCAAUCGUUGGCCGGGAGCAUUUACCAGGAAUUCGAACGCAUGAUAGCCCGCUAUGACGAGGAUGUGGUGAAGACGUUGAUGCCGCUGCUGGUGAACGUGCUGGAGUGCUUGGACUCGGCGUACCAGACCAACCAGGAGCACGAAGUGGAGCUGGAGCUGCUGCGCGAGGACAACGAACAGCUGGUGACGCAGUACGAGCGCGAGAAGGCGGCGAGGAAGUACGCUGAGCAGAAGUUAUUGGAAGCGGAAGACCACUAUGAAGGUGACAGGAAAGACUUAACCGGACGUCUUGAAGCGCUCGACAGCAUUGUACGUAUGUUGGAACUGAAGCAUAAGAACUCAUUGGACCACGCCAGCAGGCUGGAAGAGAGGGAGAAUGAACUCAAAAAGGAAUAUGCCAAGCUGCACGAGAGGUACACGGAACUCUUCAAGACCCACAUGGAUUAUAUGGAGCGUACGAAAUUGCUGCUCAGCACGGCGAGCGAUAGGGGCGAAGUACGCGGCAGGCUCGGGCUCAACCCUGUCGGCAGGUCGAGUGGGCCCAUAUCGUUCGGUUUCGCUUCACUGGAGAGCUCUAUGAACGCCGUGGAACAGACGGAGAGCAUGCCAGGAAGUCCGGUCAGCCUGUCUUCGUCACCACCGUCGCCUCCCAUCGGCUCGGAGCUCGCCGCAGUGAGGACGGUAGAACGGGCGCAUCAAACUGACCCCAUCACGCAACAAAGUCAGGCUACCUCUCCGGUCGCACCACCUAACUCGAACACGGGCAAGUCACAAACGAAGAGCGAGAAACGAAGCGGCAACACUCUCUAUCAAGAAUUAGCUUUCCACGACACGGACGCGAGCAUCGCCGAAGGUGACGAAGGCGCUGAUAUAACAGGCAGCUGGGUCCAUCCUGGCGAAUACGCGUCUUCAGUUAACGAUAACUACUUCGGUAUGGGUAAAGAAGUGGAAAAUCUUAUAUUAGAAAACAACGAACUGCUGGCCACUAAGAACGCGUUGAAUGUGGUCAAAGACGAUCUGAUAGUGAAGGUGGACGAGCUGACGGGAGAGCAGGAGAUCCUUAGGGAGGAAGUCACGAACCUGAGCGCUGCGAGGGAGAAACUACGGGAACGGGUCACGCAGCUGGAGGAGGAACUUAGGCAUUUGAAGGAGACGAUGAGCAACAACGCCGGAGGGGGCGAUAAUAACGAAGACGAGGCGGACGUGCCCAUGGCGCAGCGCAGGCGGUUCACCAGGGUCGAGAUGGCGAGGGUGCUCAUGGAGAGGAAUCAGUACAAGGAACGUUUCAUGGAAUUGCAAGAUGCUGUCCGUUGGACCGAGAUGGUGCGCGCGAGCCGCGUCGACUCCACCAUGGACAAGAAAAACAAGCAGAGCAUAUGGAAGUUUUUCAGCAAUCUCUUUAGUACGGGAGAACGUCCGCAGCGCCCUUUAUCGACGCCGCAUCUGAGGGCGGUGGCGGCGCCCCAGCCACCUCUGAGGCAGUCGCGGACGCAGGCCGACUUCCUCGAGACGCAACUCACCGACCACCACCACCGGCGGCACGAGAGGACCGAACAGUUUCGACAGGUGCGGGCGCAUGUACGCAAGGAGGACGGACGCACGCAUGCGUACGGCUGGAGCCUGCCGGGCAAGACCGCGCACAAGGGGCCCAGUCCCUGCACCUCGCUCUCCUCGGGCAGUGUACCAGUGCCAGUGCCGGUUUUUUGCCGACCGAUAGCGGAGAACGAGCCCCGGAUGACGUUACUCUGCGCGACGGGGGUGAAUCUUAAUGGCGGCCGCACCCCGGAUGGGGGAUGCAUGAUCGGUGAGAGCGUGUUCUAUGCCAAGGAGGACGAUAAGACAGACAACAACAUGUCAUUGGAGAGUGGACAGAAGCCAAUAUCCAACGACACAGCAUACGAGAUGAGCAAGGCGCAGUCGGUGCACUCCCCCGAGGUAGAACAGAUUAACCGUCAACUCCAUUCCACUCACAACGUGGAGUAUACGGAAAAGAAUCUCUCUUCGCUUGUGUGGAUUUGUUCCAGCACUCAGACCAAAGGCGUUGUCAUGAUCAUCGACGCCAACAAUCCUUCGGAAAUCAUAGAGUCGUUCUCAGUGAGUGAUAAGCACAUACUGUGCGUCACGUCGGUGCCGGGCGCCGUCGAGGACGACUACAGCGAAUACGAGGAAAGAAUGACCGGAGAGAGCGAGAAUAAGCGACAUUCGUCGCUGUUCUGCAUGAGUAAGAGCGAGUCGAUGGAGAGCCAGUCGAACGGACUGUCCAGCGCUUCCGUCAGUAAUGGAGAGAGCGGAGACAAGGAGGUCGCCGUCGGCACCACGCGGCUGGUGAAAGCGACUCUUCUGAGCCCACCGAGCAGCCCAGUGAAGGAUUCCGAGUCGCAGGCGAGUGACGCCGACGUGCCCAAAGAGUCAAUCGUGAACGAUGUCGAGGAAGCUGACAACCUCGCCCCGGACAGCCCUCCACUUAGCUCUACGCCAGUCAACAAACUACAUCUCAACUCGCCAGAGCCGGGCGUGGAUGCGUUUGCGCAGGAACAAUCAAACGCUGAGAACCGUAGCGACGUAGCGCAAGAGCGCAAGAUGUCCACCGUCAUGGCGACUAUGUGGCUCGGAACCAAAAGUGGGAAUCUGUACGUCCACUCGGCCAUGGGCAACUACAGCAAGUGUUUGGCUAGAGUGAAACUCAACGAUGCUAUCCUGGCGAUUGUGUCGUGCGCUUCUCGAUGCAUCGUGGCACUCGCGGAUGGCACCGUCGCCAUAUUCGCUCGUUUAGCCGACGGUCAAUGGGACUUCACGCAGUAUUGGUUGCUGACUUUAGGCGACCCGAAAUGUUCAGUGCGUUGUCUGAGCGCGGUGGGUUGCACCGUCUGGUGCGGAUACCGUAACAAGGUACACGUCAUCGAUCCUCGCUCGCGACAGUUACUGCACACGUUGGAAGCUCAUCCUAGACAAGAGAGCCAGGUCAGGCAGAUGGCGUGCGACGGAGACGGUGUCUGGGUAUCGAUAAAAAUGGACUCCGCACUACGACUGUACCAUGCGCACACCUAUAAACACCUUCGCGAUGUGGACAUCGAGCCGUACGUCAGUAAGAUGUUGGGGACGGGCAAGCUCGGCUUCUCCCUCGUGAGGAUCACGGCGCUACUUAUCAGCUCCGGCAGGCUGUGGAUCGGCACCAGCAACGGAGUGGUAAUAUCCGUGCCACUGUCUGAAGGUUCCAGCAGGGAUUCCAUGGGAAGCUCGAUCCCGCCCACAGCGCCGCGCGGUGCCGUGCCAGGACACGCGACUCUAACCCGCGCUCGCUCGGCCAGCCCAACCGGCUCCAUACCGUGGUGCUCGAUGGCGCACGCGCAGCUUAGUUUCCAUGGUCAUAGAGACGCGGUGACGUUCUUCGUGGCAGUGCCUGGGGCGAUUAUAUCUCCUGCCCAGUCCCCGGUCAUGGUGCCUCACUCGCCCCCGCCGAUGUUGGUCAUAUCUGGCGGGGAGGGAUACAUCGACUUUAGAAUAGCCGACUCUGAGAUGGAGGACAGCGUGGUGGUGGCCGAGGACGGGUCGUCGAGUGGGCACAGUUCGCUGGCGGAGCGCGCCACCAAGAGCCACCUGAUAGUGUGGCAAGUGGCGACCGCCUAACGUAAGGCCCGCCGCGCACGCAUCGACUCCGACUCAGACUACGUGUACGUGUGUACGUCGACUAAACCAGCGACUCUUGUCAACGUAUGAGUCGUAACGCUACUCGUGUUAAGGCGCGUCGUAUUACACGAAUAUACUCGUCAACGCAAUAAACAAUCGCGUCUUCUAUGUUUGGUAAUGUCAAUUCUAAUUAUGAUUGACAGUGCUGCCAAACAUUGAUCAUAAAAUAUUUUGCAUAUUGUGUAUGAAAUUCAGAGUAGCGAAAAUUAAUCAAGGCAAUGGUGUUUAAAAAGUUAUUGUACAUUCUCUUUAGCCGCACAAAACGCAGUUAACUAUGAAAUAAAUAUUAGUUUAACCAAAUGCAAUAUACUGAAAUACAGAACCAUAGAUUAAAAUAUUCAUAGAUUAUAAAGAAAAUUUGCAAAAUAUUUUACUGACGAGAUUUUAUGACGCGUCCUAACUAGCACGAUAUCGUAAUUGUGAAUAGGCCGUCUGUAUUGGGGAUGUAUCAUGAUAAAUAACAAACCAAUAAUAAUUAUAUAAAAUUAAAUAAUAUAUUAUCUAAUUUAUUGCAUCGAGUACAGAGCAUUAAUCUUACUAUGGAUUGUAUUCAAGAUGUCUUGUCACUUCAUAGGUGUAUCUAUUUACUUAUCGUAUUAACCAUAGAAGAAUAUAACACGAUCAGCGGAUUAACGGAAGCCGGCCAAUUAUAAUUAAACCACAUAAUACAAGGCAUCCUACAUUGAAAUUGAUAGGUAUUGCGGUUCUAUAUCGAGCUACUUCAGCUGGUCCAUAGAUCGUGAUACACCCUGUAUAAUAUAAUAAUGAGAUUAAAAAAAAUAUACCUGAAACACCCCCAAGACGGACGUAUUAAAGGAUUUCCGCGAAGAAUUAGAUCAGUAUUCUUAAAUCUUAAAACUUAGAGUUUGGUUGCAUUUCGCAAUUUAGGAAUUGAUUUGUAUUAAGAUAGGAGUUGGGCCUUCGUAAUCCAUUUUUUACCUAUUCACAUGGUUGCAAUUUUAGGACAUUUAUGGACUCAACAUUUCCAUGCACAUACAAUUUCAUAAUAAGUGUAUGUCCUAAAUCCCAUAUUUGGAUAAGUCACAGUCACGACCAAUCGAACUACACACGUCAUGAGAGAGUACCUGAGCCCGGUGCAAGCGUGCACGGCGUUGCACCACAGUGCACCACACUGCACCACACUGCACGACUAUGGACUAAGUUAUCCAACGUCAAAUAACAAUAUAUCAUUAAUGUACCCCGUGUGCUUAAUAUUUAGCUGUUUACUUAUUUCUUGGCGCUAAUUCGAGUACUGCUCACGAUACCAACUUAGAGUUUAUCGGACGUGGUCGGUACAUAUUAUUUUCGUUCCUGCCGAUCCUGGCUAGGGUUAAAUCUCAUUUAGAAUUAAUGUACAAGAUGUAACCACCAAAUAAUUCAUUAUAAUAAAGUUUAGUCGUUAAUUUAAAAAGAUAUAUAAAAGAUUUUAUAAUGAUACACAACAUAUAGUUAGUGGAAAGUUUCCUAUAUGGGAAUAUGUAUUAGUGUUGGUUGCUGAUCGUUAUAACGUAUGGGCUGUGGUUGUCAUCUGCAUCACAAUUUAAUAACUUUAAUUUAUUUAUAGGCGUUUGUUGUGUGUUUCUUUGACGAGGUAUUUUAUUGAUUUUAAUAAACGAAUUGUGAACUCGCGUGCAAUAAAACCGAUACAAAAUCAUUUUAUUUUCUUACUUAGUUGAUAUACACAAUUUAACCGACAUUAAUUAAUUAACAUUAUAAUUAUAAUUCACAUAUUUUUCACCGCACUUUUAUCAUUUACGCCUCGUGAGGAAAUGCAUUGUUUUUAUCUCUUAUCAAAAUAUAACUAAUGGUGCAAAAAUAUUUUUUAAGUUCAAAUGAAGUCGUAAAAUAUAUUUCUCUUAUUAUAAUUUUUACAUUUAGUUUUAUUGUAUUUUAAUAAUUAUGGUGAAUGAUUUGUGGUACAUUUGAAGACAUUUUUAAUUUAUGCCAAUGAUGAGGUGGACUUUAUUACAUUUCAAACAUGAAGUAAAUUAAAUUAUAACAAAUUAUGGCGGGAAUUAAUUUUGUCUUCAAAAUGUAACUAUUUAUUUUAUAAAAUAUCAUUUUAGAUUCUCAUGAAAUAGUGAUGUAUUGAAUAAUAAGUUAGUUAAACAUUACAAAGGGCGCUGGUUAAAAGUGUUGCCAGAUGAUUUGCUUGCUAAUUUAUUUUAAAAUAAUCGUGUAUUGUUUUACGAUGGUGCAAUAACCCUGAAAGCGUAUACUUUAUACAUCCGUAUGGUAAAAAUGAAUGCAAUUUAUUUGCUCCACUUUAUGUCGAAUCGUUUUCAAAGGCCAGUACGGCGCUUAUAACCAGCGCUCAUUGUAUGUGCUAGUCAAAAUAAAUCGACGUAGUGUUGUAACUUUAGCUAGGCUUAUGUGUUUGCUGAUACGUAGAGUUUGAGGAUGUUCACGGCGCGCGUUGUUUUGCGGCGUUACAUAUACUGUGCUAUGUACACGCGGGUAUUAUCGGAACGCGUCGUGUUUAUGUCAGCGCGAAGCCAACGUGCCGGCAAUUUCAAUUAUGUACGAAAAUUGCUUGCACAUUCCCUUUGUUCAUAUAAUUACCCCUAUUUGCGCCGUUAAAUUCUGCAUGAAUUAUGUUCAUUAAAAUUUUAGUAUUGUAAUUUUUUUUUUAAAUAUUACUUCUCAAUAAACUCUUAUAUAUCGAUUGUUCGCUUCAAAUAAUCUGUCUGUAGCGUGAUGGCCAAAUAGAUAGGCGCGAGCCCUUUUGUCGACUUCAGCCGGAUAAACUGGUUAAUUAUAAACGAACAUUCCUGUUUAUGUUAUAAUGAAUCGAAGCCAGUGAGCAUAUAUUUGCUGACGGCAACCGCGCGACAAAAACCGGUUUCCAUUCGGUUAUCAUUCGCAUUGUUCCAUUAAAUUUUGGUCACUCAUUUCGUGUUCAUGGCGACUAUUCAAGCAAAUGCACCGCUCUCAAUGUUCCUUUAUAAAUCAAUAUAAUUGAAGUAUUGCGCAGGCAACGUUCGCCCGUCUGACAAUAACACGACCGACGCAAAAGCUUGAUAUAAAUGUUUAAUAAAAUGUAAUUAUAGCUUUCGUGGUGUAAAACUUUAUUCGUAAGUAGUUUUGGCGUUCCAAAUUGUUUUUAUUUUUUUAUUGUAUUUGUCUCUAUAUUUAUUUGUUCGUACUUAUGUUUACGAAUUAGUUUUUUUUUUACAUUCAAUGAACGUGUUUGACGGAAAUAAAUCUUACAUGAAAAGUGCGAUGAAAUGGUAAUAGUCCGUAGUAGAGAAGGUCUUAUGAAAUAUAAAAUAAAUGUAACAUCGAAGGUUCUAAUCAAUUUAUGUUUCGCUUAAACAUCCAAAAGAAAAAUAGUUGCACCAUAAUAAUUUGACUAUAAUUAUAACUUCGUACGGGAAUCUGAAAUCGUCCCGUCUUCUUGAUUUUACGUUUUUUUUUAAUGCGGUAACAAAGACGUAAACUUUUUUAUGUUUUAUUUAAAUUUACUUUUUAAGAUCUUUAAAACAUUAUUUACCAUAUGAAGGUCGCCUUAAGAAAUUAAAUUGAUGGGUUUUAUUAAAUAUAAUUUUAUAUUUUAAGACCUUAGCUACCAAACAUGUUCUGUGCCGCGCGAUAAUCAGGUUGUGUUUACCUCGUAAUAACGACCACAAAUGCAGUCGGUGACAAUGUUCGCUUCACAACGAUCGUUUUAUGCCAAACAAAAUUUGCAUCACCGACUGUAUUCUUAAGGUGCAUAAUACAUUAUUCCACGUGACACAAAACAUGUUGCAGUGGAUUGUUUACACUUCGAUCAGUCACCGAAUUGUUUUGAUGUACUUGAGUAUAUUUUAAUAAACACAGAGAUUUCGGUUGCAGUUGUAGUGUGAAUCCACCAAGCAAGGACAAUGACUGUACGAUAUAAUAAUAAAAUAUUGCGUGAAGAUAAUUCAGUCAUUUAACAAAUAGACAUAUAUUGUGAUUAUUGAAUAAAUAUUUUUUCCUUGUUUAUGAUAUGCAAUCAAAUAAAGAAAUGCUGGAGAUUAUAGUCA